AUGGACAGGGACUAUCACUCACUUCACCGAGAACUUCAUGAAAAUGGCGAACUUGCGCGCCAGCCCACCAGAACCACUUCUCUUAACACUGCCAGCAACGUUGUAGAUCCCGUCGUCAACAACCCCAGCUUGGGGAACGCGAUGCAGAUCAUCGAGACGCUCGCUGACGUUGGCCGCGUAAUCCCCUUUGUCGCACCGGCCUUUGUUAUCCUCAAAGUCAUCGUUGAUCUGGAGAAAAGGGCACAGGAUGUGGACGCGAAGUGCUCGGAUUUGCUGGACCGCAUCACAUUCAUGCUCAGCCAUCUACCGGCGCUGCAGAAAAUUGAAAUCAAGGACGCCACGCGACAGGUUAUCGAGAGGAUGAACGAAGCGCUCAAGGACUCCGCGUCGCUGAUUUCGGCGUAUCGCAAGCAGAGUCGUGUUGCGAGACGGCUGAAGAUCUCAAAUCGAGAAAAAUUCGCCACAUGUGCGGAGAGCAUCAACAACUGCUGCCGGGACUUACUUAUGAGUCUUCAGAUUCAUCAGACUGUCCAACUCGAUAUUUUAACGCGCGAUAUACCGAAUGACGAAGAAGAUAUUGCUGCUAAAACCUUCGUUGAUGCUCACGGUGGGAGUGUUGAUGCUGUCAUGCACGACCGAGAGCUCGUCAAAGAGUUUGCCCAGCAGCAGCACCUAGUCAUGGAUGAUUCAGUUAUGGAACAGCUUAAUGCAAAUAUUGCAGAUUCCGUUCAACAGAACCACGUUCGACUCGAAAACAUUCUUCGCGACAAUGUUGGCACGGCCAUCGCAGAUGGCUUGAAGAAUCUUGCUAUGGAAAUUAACUCUAUGGAGGCGGAACAAAAGUUCAUAUGUGUACAGUGCGACAAAGAGUUCACCAAUUACACAAACGGGCCAAAGGCCUGCUCUUUCCAUCGUGCCGAAUACGAUGGCUGGUCGAAGCAGUUCCCUUGCUGCAGCACAGCGCACCCAUGUCAAUUCGGAACGCAUCGAGCAAAACAUCACUGCGACUAUGCUUACGCCGCCUUCUUCCCGCGAGCCCGAGACGUGACGAGCUAUACGGAUACAAAUGAAAAAUGGGCCGUCGUGGAAGAUACGAAUCUUGAAACUGACGACACGGUAUCGGCCAGUGUAGGCCAGCUUUUCCGAUGGAAGUCGCGGGGUGGCCGGGUUGAGAACAACACCUUGUUGGUCAUUGUUGGCAGGGUAUGGUAUAAGUACCCUUACUACUUCAACACUUUCACUGCCAAGGAACUGGAAGACAUUACAAAAUCAGUCCGACUUUCUCGCCGCACCCUAAUCUAUCGUACAUCUCCCGAUGAAAACGAAUACGCCCUCGCCGAGUGGAUACUGUCGAUUUCAGGUAAAAUCACAGGCAUACGGAUCAUUGCGAAGAGUGCGACCUCUGCCAACCCAUGGGUCCGCGUCUGCCCUAUUGACCUUUCCACAUGCACAAAGUCGGGUGAUAUCUUGACCACGUCAGAAGGUGGUAUCCGCUCUUUCAUCCCUGCUUCUCCGUAUACCCUACCGGAGACGGUGACAGUUGGCCCAACACUACCGGAAGCCCCUUCACGCCCUGUCCGGACCAACUUCAAAACUCGGAGUACGCCUGCCCUUCGAGUGAUCCUCAAAGCAAUGUCCGAUCCUCCCCUCGAGGCCAACCCAAAUAUCGCCGGCUCUAAAUUCGACUACUUUAUCGGCAAGGUGUCCGUAUUCAACAACAAUCCUCCAGGAUCACUGAAUCCAGUCACUAUUGCGGGUAUCUCAGCCUCUUAUCGCAUGAUUGGAGACCCUGAAUACGCGCCUGUUGAAGAAUGCAAACUACUGGAUGGAUUCAAUAUAUUGCCAAUUACAAUUGAGCCUCGACAGUCCUCGCAGCUCAAUUUCCAAGUAGCAGUACCCCGUACGGAGGAAGACGCCAAGUACGACAUUCGAUGGUGGCACAGAGCAUUUUUGGCGAGGCAUAGACCGGUGCGGAUCAAGCUGGUAGUGGAGGACAUCGAGGGCGAGCAGUGCUCGCUUGUGCUGGAGUACGUCUUCAAGCCAUUCGCUCUCACCAAGCCCAAGGAAAACUACCUGGGUUUCUUCUUCUUCGACAACACAGAGACCCAUGACCGGUGUUAUGUCGAAGUGAAGCCAGUUGACAAUCCUACGGGCGUGGUCGAGAUCUCAAGCUCCGAGGUGAAAGUGAAGAGGCUAGAGAAAGCGGUGUAUCAGGCGUUAAAGACCGGAAAGACGGAGAUUGACCUCGAGAUUGGGCAGGAAAGAAACAACGGCGAGUGGGAAUGGAAGGCGUACGCUCUGGUCGACAUUUCAUGUAGACGUGUGUACGCCUUCAAGAUCAUCGUGGUGGAAGGAAAGAAGGUUACCGUCAAACGCCGGGGAUGUAUCGGUUAUGUACUUUGUCCAACUUAUGGCGAAGUUAUCGACAAAAAGCGACCAAUUAGCUACGCUACUGAAACUGCCAAACUUCCGCCUCUGGAACCGUUAGACCUGAAGGAAUAUCCUCAAGACGACGCAUUCGACGAUUUUAAGCCUCCUGUACCACCGAAGCCGAUGACACCUGUUGCGGAGGUGCCGCCGCCCUUUGGGACCACAACAACCUCAGUUCCUGCAGACUUAUCGAACCGACUGGCGUCAAUCGACACUAACCUUGCCCGGAUUGCCGAUGCUCUUGAAAGACUUGUCGCUGUCUUUCCGUCAGCCUCAAGUUCAAUGAAUGGACACGCACGAUGA